AUGAGAAUUGCUGCCGAUAUCUCAACCAGCGAAGGUGCGGCUAAGGCCAUAGAAGAAGUGGCUACGUUUGGCGAGAUCGAUUUCCUAGUCAACAAUGUCGGCAUCUUCGAGGUGAAAGACUUUGAGGACAUCACGGACGACGAUUGGGAGAAGUACUUCCAGGUUAAUAUUAUGUCGUGCGUGCUCCUGUGCAGACACUACCUGCCAAAGAUGCUGGCCCGGAAUUCGGGGCGGAUUAUUGUGCUUGCGAGUGAGAGUGGGUUCAAGCCUCUGGGCACCAUGAUCCACUACUCGAUGACCAAGGGUAGUCUGAUCAAUCUCGCGCGUGGUAUGGCUGAGACCACAAAGGGUACCAAAGUGACGGUGAAUAGUGUACUCCCGGGACUCACAGCCACUGAAGGUCUAACCAAUUACUUUGAAAGCAUCGCAAAGAAGGACAACGAACCUGUAGACAAAGUGAUUAGGGACUACUUCCAGAAAGAAGAACCAGCAAGUUUGAUCCAACGAUUGGUGACUACCAAGGAGGUUGGGCCAACCACCGCAUUUCUGCACUCACCAUUGGCUGGAGCCAUCAAUGGAAGUUCACAGAGGUGCGAGGGAGGAGUCUACCGCAGUACAUGAACGAGAUAUGUCAAGUGUAAUCUGUGACGAUAAGAAGAGAUAAAAUCGACGAUUAAAUCUCAGAAUGUAUAUUGGGUAAAUUUGUAUUGACUUCUUGUCUGUCAAAAAAAGAGCGGGGGAAACUUGCAAACAACCUCGUCAGUGUGACUAAAUUCUAGACAGGGAGAAGCAAGAAGAAAGAGCAGCUACGUGGUAUAUAUUUUAUUUUAUCCUAAUGUUGAUAUUUUGUGGCCGAACGUGGAAUGGUUAUUAAUUAGUGGUUUGCGAUUUAGACCUUUAUCUGACUAGCAUGCCCGCCGAAGUUUACGGAGGAGUUGAAGCCCAUAUUCGACUGCUGGCUCAGGAUAGCCUCCUCCUUUUGCCUGGCAGCUUUUCUCCUGCGCAUAAUCACCACACCAACCACCAGACAGCAACAACAGCAACACAGUAGUAGUAGGAUAAGAAUUCCACCUACAAUUAGUAUCGUAUCCCCCUGUUCCUCUUGCUGUGCAGCGGUGGCUCCUGCGGCGACACUGGCACCAACAGCGGCAGCUUGAGCUAGAUCUUCGGCCGUAUAACGUACACCAGCCUCUUUAUCCACAGCGACCUCACCGGCAUCACGAGUGGACAUGCCAUCUAGAGCACGACGGCGACGUGCGGAUCCAUCAUCAUAAUCCACGAGAACGGUGUAGUUCAUGGUAAUGGCAUUUCCGGUACGGUCUGAGGUGGCACAAGCCAUUUGAGCGGUGACUUGCAAGGGAAUAGAGAUGGUCUGACCUAUUGGCUCGUAAGUUUGAGUGAACUCUCCUUCUUCAAGCGCCGCAAUUUCACCAAGAUAAUCAUCGAAUCCAGAGCAGUCACCGUCGGUGGUUCGCUCCGCAUAUGUGACUUCUGCGUUGUAUAGAGCCACGCCACUGGCAGAUGUAUCUGCUGUGAUUUGCCAGUAUGACAUGCUACCCAGAUCGAAGGUAUCCUGCUCCACAACAUAUGCGUCAGAAUCGUAUACCUUGAUGGACAAGUCAAACAGAGCAUCUAGCUCAAACUCUUCAAUUUCGCAGAAGUUGUUCGUGUCAAUGAAGAAAAUAACGGUUGCAGGCUCUUCAGCAUCCAUAUUAGGACAAACACCAGGGUCACCGUUAUUAUCUUCAGCUUGGCAGCCGAUAGUAAGCUCAUUUAGCGAGUACUCACCAGUCAGAUCACAAGCGACAAUAUCGAACUCAACAUUCUGGAUGCAAUCAUCUCCUAUAGCCUGUCCAACACACGCCGGUUCAACCGAGUAAGAAGACAGUGCACUCACUUCGGCCUCAAAACUCUCCUCAUUUCUACCGACGACACCCAUCGCGUUUGUAACAGUGUACGGGGCGGGCAAAUGGAUUUCAAGACGAAUUUUAGAGUGAUUCCAGCUGUCAUAGUAUCCUACAUCAACCAAAUUGAUAGCGGCUUCAAUCUCAACGGAUUUGUACUUCGCAUUAAUGGUGGCAGCGACGUUACGAACGGUGUCGAUUUGUACCAACAAAUUGGUAACAGCAUUGCCCUCGCGAGUGACAGGCAACCGCAACUCUUUCUCAUCAUCAACUUUCUCUACAAAUUCGUCCCACUGCGCUUCAACCUGAGCCCGGUAUGAUGUGAAAGUGGCGAAAUUCUCGAUAGUAGUUCCACAACCAUCUGUUCCACCCAGCUUGUCGAAAUCAACACUGAAAUCUAACUGAGCUCGACAAUUACCUAGAAGCUUGUAUACACCACCAGACAUCUUGGUUGGGUGGUCCACAGCAUAAUGGCAUUCGGCGAAAUAGAAGUCAUUUAAUUUCCGCUCAUUAUGCCACACGCCGACGUCUGUCUUCAAGUUGACCUUAUUGCUUGCGACGGUAGCGCCCGUAAUGUCAAUACUAAAGUUCGCCUGUAGAGCAUAGGGCUCUGCCAAAUCGCACGAGUCUCCUGUAGCAGUGGCGAUGCUAAGCCCAUCGAGAGUAGAACUAUAUCCCGCCAUAUUUCCGAACGCGAACACUAUCGAAGAGAGAUCGGCCACCUGGAAAAUCGUGCCAGGUUCGGCCGUCACAUUUAGCUUCUUGUCUAGGAUAAUGGGCUCAGUGAGGGCAUAUGGACCAGCAGUCAAAAUGAUCGUAUCGCCAUCUUGAGCUGAUGCAAACGCUCCUACGUAGUUUGUAGCGUCGGCAGAAAUGACCGCACCGUGUGCCGCAAGUGCCAACGAGGCGAAAACAGCUGAUACAUAUUUCAUGUUGUAAGCGCGUACUUCCUUUGUACGCUGCAACCUACAAUGCGCGAGAAUGUUUUGCGAGUCGUAUAAUAUUGAACUAGAUAUUGAAAUAUUACAUCCAUGUAAAUUAUAGCAUAUAUUUAUAUCCGA